AUGGCUUUAAUGUGGAUACUAGCCACUGGUAUCAUGUUUGUAUUUGUCUAUGAUCUCUCACACGAGAUGAGAAAAGAAAGAGGGUAUGAACCAGUUUCAGACGGUCCAAGUGAAGAACAUUUUUCAAAAAAAGAGCAACUCCAAGAAGGGUAUACAACGGAAAGCCCAGAGGACAAGGGCGAUGAUAUGACGUCAUCUCCGUUCAUAAAUGAAGACGUUAUCAAAACCAAGGAAAUAGAUGAUAACAGUAUAUUCCCAGAUGACUCGAAGAAAUCCAGCAGUGGGUUAUUCCGAGAUGCUGUAAGGGAUAUUUUUACCAAAUUUCACGUGAUUGUAGUGGUAUAUUCGACAUUUUUCAUUAUCGUUCUCCAUUCAUCUCUUCAGGCCAUCAUCCUCUUGGUUGCUGAGCGCAUGUUACACUGGAGUGAAGACAAUGUCACUUUUCUAUUUACAAUCUGGAGUGUAGAAAUCACCAUCUUUGGAAUUGUUCUCUUGAUUCUGUCACGAAAAAUUUCAGAUCGACACCUCAUUUUGAUCUCCGCCAUUUUUGGGUGCCUGGCAUCCGUGGGUGUUAUUCCGCUGGCAUUCUCCUCCCCGACGUCUAACAGAGCGUACUAUAGCUUGUUAGUAACAAUUGCCUUGGAUGGGAUAGCAUCAGCUGUUAUUAAUGCAGUCGGUCGUUCUUCAAUUUCGAAGCACACUAAUCCGGACAACCAAGGCAUG